GCAGCAGAGGCGUGGGUGAGUGAACAUCAUGGGACAUGCUCUCUGGGAACGAACUACAGCAGUCUGGAGCGUGGACAUACCUUAUAUCCUAUUCCUGUGAUACUGAGAGCGUACACGAGUCUUCUGCAGUUCCUUAGUGGACAGUACAACAGUACUGAAACUGCUAAACUGAAAUAACUGGGCACUGUUUAAUCGGCGUGUUUCCAACUUUAGAAUAAUGAGAGUGAUUUUUUCAGCUAAUUGGAUAUUUCAAGGAUGGAUCACACACUUGGUUCUUGCUCUGUGCACGCAGGCAGGAUUGGCCAUAAACUGCCUCCAAUACCAGUAUGAAUACAACAGAACCUGCUGCAGUAAAUGUGAACCAGGAAAGUAUGUUUUCGCGCAUUGCACUGGCAGCUCGCACACAAUGUGUCGUGAUUGUGGCAGUGAUGAGUACCAGCCAGACUGGAACAGUGAGAUGAAAUGUAUUCCUCAGAAGUUCUGCGAUGAAGGUAAAGGGUUUUACCGCACCCGUCCACACAACCCCAUAGCGGCUGAACCCUGUCGGUGCAAACAGGGUUUCCACUGUUCUCUGAUCAACUGCGAGUACUGUGAGGCAAUUAAAAAAUGCCCUGCUGGAGAAGGGGUUGUGAUACGUGAGAAUGGCAGAGCUUCCUGUGUCUCAUGUCAAUAUGGAUUUUUCUCUGAAUCCCUGUCAAUAGAAGCCUGCAAGAAAUGGACAGACUGUAAAGCCAUCGGCAAGACCGAGAAACAGCCAGGAAGCAGUAAGACAGAUGUGGUGUGUGGACUCCAUUCUCCUGGUCCUAUGACACCCUGGGUGGUGGUGGCCAUUCUCUCAUUCAUUAUCGUGGUAUCGCUGGUCGUUCUCUUCUUGUUCCGCUGUAAGGAUAAGCUGAACUUCCUCUCAGUAAAUCUACGCACUUGUGUCCAAAACCUGAAAAGGAGCAGGAAUCAGCAGGAAACUGUGAUACCUUCAUACCACUGUAGCAACGGUCCACAAACCUGUCCUCUUAUUUGCCAAGAGAAAACCCCUCCAGAGUCCCUUAUCAUGUGUCCCACCACAUUAACCAUCACUGAUGAAACCUCAAAUUGCACAGACAGGGAACAAGACCAGGACCAAGCUGACACAUCAUCAGGCAGCUCCAGUGAGGACUCUCGAGAUGGACCUGCGUCCCCACUGACAGGCAGCUCCUGCAGCUGUGCGUUCUCCAAGGAACCCAUGGAGGUUGGAGAGAAUGAGGACUGCAGUCAACUGGUGGCCACUGGUCUGGCAACAUGCCUCUCCUGCAAGACAGGAGAUGCUUUUGACACCAAAGGAGAAAAUAUGCAGGUCAUCAACCUGACAAAGCCUUUGCUAUGUGAGAACUGCUCCUCAGAGGGCCUGCCUGCUUGUGCUGGAUGUGCUGACUGUGAUUAUGUGGAUCUACAAUGUUCCCAAGAGCUCUAUCUGGACUACAGCAACCCUGCUGGUAAGAAAGCGAUGUCAGAGAUACAAUAUAGACAGAAUGAACCUUGCUGCUGCAGCAUAGACUCCACCACCAUUCCUCCCCUGCCAUCAGUCAGUGAUAAUGAGCAGGGACUGUCACUGAUCGACAGUGAAGAGCGCAAACUGUCCGACCCGGAUGCAGACACGGACUACCAGAACCAGUGCUCAGAGGCUGCUCUUACAUCUGGUCAGGUGACAGGAAACAACAACACUACUUUUAUCUCCAGUGGGCAGGUAAUGAACUUCAGCGGUGAGGUCAUCGUGGUAUACGUCAGUCAGACAUCACUGGGCAGUGGAGGGGGAACAGAGGAGCCCUUUAGUUGUCCAGUUCAAGAGGAAUCAAAUGAGGACAGUUUCCAAAAUGAGCCCAAAUCUAACAAAGGCACAGCACCGCAGGGCAAGAAUGGAGACAUCCACUGUAAGAGACACCUGCCUGUACAGGAAGUGACCAAUGACUGGUCGUGUCAGAAAUAAAGACGCCAAAAACAACCAGAAUAUUUUUUACUGGAUUGGAAUUCAUUUUUUACUUAAUUAUAAUUUUUUUGUCUUGUUUAUAUUUUUAUGAUUAUUAUUGAUUAAUGAUUGGUGUAUUGACAGCAGCUAGAGCAGGGGUUCUCAACUGGUGAGGGGUCACAGGUCUGUUGUGGUCUGGGUCGUGAAAUUAACAUGUUUAUUAACUAUUAAAAGAGAGGAGAAAAAUGCUUCCCAACAGGGCCGGUACUAGGAUGCAAUAUUUGGGGUGGGGAAACUGUCAAAGGUUCUCUCUUCAUCUGGGUCCUCCUUUGUCGUUUGCCAUCCGAUUGGGGGGACUGACUGACUGCACAAGGAAAAUCAUGUGAGGCAAUGCCAUAGAGAAGAGAAGGACAUAGCUGCAAGCAGAGCUCCAAAAAGGGGCGGGACUCUGCAGUGAGAGAGCCCCUAACCUAACCCUUUCUCUAACCCAAACGAUGUGUUGAAGUGACGCCCCCUUUUGGAGUUGGCGUGGUAACCCCACUCUCUUCUGGAGUAACUCCACCCUCUUUUGGAGAUUCUGCUCCCACUUGGAGAUCUUCAGCCUGCAGCUGUACCUACUGGGAGCUCAAUGUAUUCAGCAACGAUGACACGCAAAUCAUGUGGAAGCCCCUUAAAUCACACUUCUGCAGUUGUUUAUGCAUUUACAAAAUUACAAACAUUUUCCUGUUCAGCUUAUAUUGAUGGGCCUAUGCAAUUAAUGUUAACAGUGGCCCAGUAAAUUUUAGUCUUUGUUUACUUUAAUAUGAUAAACAAUUUCAGUAUGGUGUUGUCAAAAUCAGGGCCCUAAAGCAAAUCCAGUUGAGAACCACUGAACUACAGUGCUAUUUGAUGAAAAAUGCUAUGCAUUUGUUUACCUAUGUAUUUAUACCGUAUAAAUUAGGUACUUGUUUUGCAGUCAGCAUUUAUAUGAUAUCAGUGGUGCAUGUGCUAAUGAUUUGAUGACAGUAAAGGUCAAGAACAUUGACCCUAGAAUCUCUCAAUUUCAAACAAACCCAACGUUGAAGAGCCAAAUAAAGAGUGGCUUGGUGUGACAAGAAACCCAGGCAAAGACAAAGCCAGAGUAAGCACAAAUGCUGCCACCAGAACAAAAGCGUGGUGUUUUUCACUCUCUCAGCUUGUGCUCCUCUUUUGGCCUUUUUUCUUGGCCUGUUUGGAAAUUGAGUGAUCAGGCAGUAUCUCAUGGUGGGAACCAUUAUAUGGUGAUUUUUAAAACUCAAAUAAGUUAGCAAGUAAAAGCAAUAGUCUCAGGAUGUUGAUUUGCAGUGUCUUUAUAUUGUUAUGAAUUAAAACCAUCACUUGUACAUGUUAAAGUCAUUUUUUGUUUUGUUAUUUAUCUAACCUGACAGGUCGGUCUGACUGGAGCAGAAAAUGUAAUCAUGGACAUUAUUUACAAGCAUUAAAUGUACAGUAUAUAGUGAUUGAAUUCCAAUGUUCUGAUAGAUGAGUAGUGAUUUUCAAGUCUGCCAUUACUGUAAAUAAAGCUUGUUUGUAUGAAACUAUUGCUUUCCCUUAUAUAAGUGGGAUGGAAUGAGAAAACUAUUUGGUUUAAUGAUAAGCUGUGUUUAUUGCUUGUGCAUCACUAACCACAUACAUACUGUACUUUAUGUGGUAAAAGCCCAGUCUUCCAGCAAAACCAAUGUUGACACAAUACUUUUAAAAUAGCAGGCAAUUGCUACCAGCUGUCUCAAGCUCAAUGCAAACAUAUACUCACAAGCACUUUGUUUAGCCACUUGAGGUGAGAAUUUCACCAAAGAGAGCUGGAUGUUUGGAGUUUGAUUGGAAUAAUCACUGACUCUGUGAUGGUGCUAAGGGAACAGAGACAAUCAUGAAGAAGUGUUGCGUUUUGCCUGCCAAAACAGGAAGUUUUGACUGGUUCUUUUCAAAGAGCCCUCGUGCACAUUUGCUUACUGGUUCCCAACAUUAAAUGUGUAAUUGUCCUGCCAUCUAGUGGAC